CAAAGGGGCGGGCGCUGUGUGCCGCGGUCAUGUGAGGAGGCUGCGGCGGUGUCAUGGCGGCGCCCUCAGAGACCGAGCGGCUGUUGGGCCGCGGGGCCGCGCACGGGAGCGCGGAGGCGGAGGAGGAGGAGCUGCGCCGCCGCCUCAAGUACUUCUUCAUGAGCCCCUGCGAUAAGUACCGGGCCCGCGGGCGGCGGCCGGUGAAGCUGGGCCUACAGCUGGCCAAGAUCCUGCUGGUCACUGUGCAGCUCAUCCUGUUUGGGCUCAGCAACCAGAUGGUGGUGACCUUCAAGGAGGAGAACACCAUCGCCUUCAAGCACCUCUUCCUGAAGGACUACGUGGAUGGCGCUGAGGACGCCUACGCCGUCUACACCCAACAGGAGCUCUAUGAGCGCCUCUUCUAUGCCGUGGAGAAGUACCUGGCCAUGCCCAACGAGACCAUCGGGCGCUAUGCUUACGUGCGCGGGGGCAACCGCUCGGCCCUGCUCUUGUGCCAGCAGUACUACCGGAAGGGCCGCAUCGACCCGGCCAAUGACACCUUCAACAUCGACCCCAACAUUGUCACAGACUGCUUGGGAGUGGACCCUGAGGACCCCCAGGCUCUUUCUCCAGAGCUGGAUCAGAGCUAUAGGAACUUCACCCUCAAGUUCCACAAGCUCAUCAAUGUCACCAUCCAGUUCAAGCUGAAAGCCAUCAACAUCCAAACCAUCAUCAACAACGAGAUCCCCGACUGCUACACCUUCACCAUCACCAUCACGUUUGACAACAAGGCCCACAGUGGCCGGGUGAAAAUCCGCUUGGACAACCGGGCUGACAUCAAGGAAUGCAAGGAUCCCAGCGUCUUCGGCCGAGGUGACAACUCCUUCAGGCUCUUCUUUGACGUCAUCGUCAUCCUCAUCUGCUCCUUGUCCUUCAUCCUCUGCGCUCGCUCCAUCAUCCGGGGCCUGCUGCUCCAGCAUGAGUUCAGCCGGUUCUUCCAGCGCCGGUACAACCAGAGCGUGUGCCUCUCGGACCGCAUGGAGUUUCUCAAUGGCUGGUACAUCCUGCUGGUCAUCAGUGAUGUCCUCACCGUCAUGGGCACCAUCAUGAAGAUUGGCAUCGAGUCCAAGAACUUUGCUGGCUAUGACAUCUGCAGCAUCCUCCUGGGCACCUCCACGCUGCUCGUGUGGGUCGGGGUCAUCCGGUACCUCACCUUCUUCCAGAAGUACAACAUCCUCAUUGUCACGCUCAGAGUGGCUCUUCCCAAUGUUAUCCGGUUCUGCUGCUGUGUGGCUGUCAUCUACCUGGGCUACUGCUUCUGUGGCUGGAUCGUGCUGGGUCCCUACCACGUCAAGUUCCGGUCCCUUUCCAUGGUGUCUGAGUGCCUCUUCUCCCUGCUCAAUGGGGAUGACAUGUUCGUCACCUUCGCCGAGAUGCAGCAGCACAGUUACCUGGUGUGGCUCUUCAGCCAGCUCUACCUCUACACCUUCAUCAGCCUCUUCAUCUACAUGGUCCUCAGCCUCUUCAUCGCCCUCAUCACCGGCUCCUAUGAGACCAUCAAGCACCAGUGCGAGGGGGAGCCCCCCGUGUCCCAGCUCCACACUUACAUUGCCCAGUGCAAGGACAGCCCCAAGUCGGGCAAGUACCGGCGCGCCAGCACCGCAUCCUGCUCCAUCUUCUGCUGCUGCGAGCGGGCUCCUCUGCCAGACAACGCGCUGCUGGUGAACUGAGGCAGGAUCCAUUGGGAUACCAUGGGGACAGCAUGGGGACCAUGUCCCUUUGCUCCCCUCUGCUUUUAAGGUCUUUUAUAGCUGCUUUUAGCACCCAAAGCAGGGCCAGAGAAGGGGGGGGGACACAGAAUGGAUGCUGAUGACCCCAUUAUUCCCGACGGAACUCAUUGGAGGAGGUUUUGGGAUCGUUGGACCUCAUUGGAGGAGGUUUUGGGAUCGUUGGACUUCAUUGGAGGAGGUUUUGGGAUCGUUGGACCUCAUUGGAGGAGGUUUUGGGAUCGUUGGACCUCAUUGGAAGAGGUUUUGGGAUCGUUGGAACUCAUUGGAGGAGGUUUUGGGAUCGUUGGAACUCAUUGGAGGAGGUUUUGGGAUCGUUGGACUUCAUUGGAGGAGGUUUUGGGAUCGUUGGACCUCAUUGGAAGAGGUUUUGGGAUCGUUGGACCUCAUUGGAGGAGGUUUUGGGAUCGUUGGAACUCAUUGGAAGAGGUUUUGGGAUCAUUGGACCUCAUUGGAGGAGGUUUUGGGAUCGUUGGACCUCAUUGGAAGAGGUUUUGGGAUCGUUGGACCUCAUUGGAAGAGGUUUUGGGAUCGUUGGAACUCAUUCAUGGCCUGAGUUGUGGCCGUGCUCAGUGUGGGCUUUGCCUCCUGCUCCUGGGGUAGGGGGGAAUAAAGAGCCCUGGGAGAUGAA